AUGAACUUUAUCGUGCCACAAUUAACAUUGGUUGAGAAGCAAAGACCCUUAUCUUUUCUUUCACAACAAGGUCACAGCAAGAGUGUGGAGACCGUGGCCUUUAGCAAUGACUCACAGGUGCUUGCGUCUGCAGGCUGGGACUACACGGUCAUCCUGUGGGAGCCGAAGCUAGGUCAACUCUUGAAGAAACUCUUGGGGCAUCACAACGUCAUCAAAACCUGCGCGUUUUCACACCAUGGAGAAUACUUGGCCACUGGAUCCUGGGAUUUUAAAGUAAUCCUCUGGGGUUUACAAAGCACGCGUCAAGUGAUUCUGCAUGGCCACACAGGCAACAUCAGUUGUGUUGCCUUCUCUAACGUUGGGAUGCUGGCUUCAGGUUCCUGGGAUAAGACUGUGCGUGUAUGGGAUCCAAGGACUGGGAUCCUGAUCUUUCUCCUGGAAAAGCACAGCGACCGCCUCCUGGCCCUCUCCUUCUCUCUGGAUGCAAUUCUCCUGGUGACAGCGGCAGAAGAUGGAACGGUUCGUGUGUGGGAUUGUGAAGAAGGACAAUGUAAGCAGGUAUUAGAGGUAACGCAUUCCUGCCUGUGCUUUGGCUGGAUUACAAACAGGAAUAGCACUGGAUGUCUAGAGUAUUGUACACAGUACUUUGGAAUGUUGUGCACAUUUGUGGUCACCCUGUUAAAGGUAAGAUAUCUUCAGUCAGGAAAGGGCACAGAGAGAUUUACAAGGAUGCUGAUGAAGGGUCUCAGCCUGGAAUACAACUGCUUAUUCCUCUCCAGAAAGGUUGCCUGACCUGCUGAGUUCCACAGCAUCAAGUGUGUGAACUCUGGACUUCCAGCAUCUCUUGUGUUUAGAAGGAUGAUAUCUGGACUAGAGGCCCUGAGUGAUAGCGAGAGGUUACCUCCGCUAGUUCUUUCAUCCCUGGAGUACAGAAGAAUGAGGGGUGACCUCGUACAAUCAUGAGGGCUGUGGAUAAGGUGGAUGGUCAAUAUCUUCUCCUCAAAGAGGGUGCAGAUAUAAGAGGGAAGAGAUUUAAAAGAAACCUGAGGGGUUUCUUUACACAGAGACUAUUGAGUACAAGGAACAGGCUGCCAGAGGAAGUGGUUGAGGGGAUACAAUUGUAACAUUUAAGAGACAUCUGGUUAAGUAUGUAGAGGGGAAGGGUUUGGAGGUUUAUAGGCUGAAACAUGGGCAACUGGGACCAGGAGGGAAGAUGCUGUGGUCUACAUGGACCAUUUGGGACAAAGGGUCUGUUUUGUGCUGUAUAACACAAGUUGAAGCUGGUUUAAUGGGGCAAUACAGGCAUUGACUGCUGGCCUGGAACAGAUCUUCACUCACUUUUCAUGAUGGAAGUCAGAGAAUUAAGUUAGGAUUGGGGAUGGCAAAUCUUUUGAUUCACUGAGAUCCAUCUGGGAAGAACAUUUGCCAUCCUCAAAUGGACGGGCCUGUAUGUACGUACGCAAAGUGGUCAGCUCUAAACUGCCCUGGGAACUGGCAAGAAGGCCACUCAGCUGUAGUGGCAAGUUCUGGAUGGAAGGUCACUACCGCAGUCAGUCACACCCAAAAUCCAGAAAUCUAUCUUCAGUACCCUGGCUGAUGAAAGCCAGCAUGCCAAACACUGCCUUCACCACUCUUUCAGAAUCAGGUUUAAUAUCACUAGUGUAUCUCACAGGAGAUCCAUUUCCAGACAUUUUUAUUUAUUGAUGGAGGUACAGCAAGGAAUAGGCCUUUCCAGCCCUUUGAGUUAUACCACCCAGCAAUCCCCUAACUUAAUCCUAGCCUAAUCACAGAACAAUUUAUAAUGACCAAUUAAUCUACCAACCAGACCGUGGGAGGAAACCCGUGUGAUCACAGGGAGAACGUACAAACUCCUUAUAGGCAGCGGUGGCUGCCAAUGAUAUUUCAGUGAGAAAACAAAUCUCACAGAAAUAUAGAAAAUGAAUGCUUCUUACAUUAACUUCUUAAAUGAAAACUGAUUAUAAGUUGCAAUGUAUCACAGAUACUUGAUAAUUCUGGCAUUCCUCACUGCCAGUGUGUUUUGAACAUGGAGAUACAUUUUUAAUGUUUACUUU